GGUCACGUGCGCCCUCCCCCGCCCGGAAUGGGGCGAGCUGGCGGAGUUUGAUACAAAGUUGCUGCCACGCGCCGGCGGCGGGACCCUCCGGGAGCCCGAGCCGCCCCCCCGCCGGCGCCGCGCCCCCGCCAGCCCGGAGCAGGUGGGAUCCAGGCUGUCCUGGGACUGGAGCAGGAAUGGCUGAGAACUCGGACUCGCGGGACUCGGAUAACAGCUGGGUGAUCGCAGGCUCUGGGGGUUUUCCCGUGGAAACCGUGGGCCCAAAGCUGGGCGCAGCCACCCAGACACCAGCAGACGAGGAGCCAGCAGGACACACCCUCCCCAAGGGGCACCACACCGAGGCCAGCACCUCUCCUGGCAGGAAGAGCGAAGGCUCCCAACUGAACGCCCCCAGUCCCGAGGAGGCUGAGAUCAAGGCCUCUGAGGAGUAUCCCCAGGAGAUCCCAAGCCCAGCAGCCUCCCCCAGGCCUGGUGUCACUGGGCCACGAGGCGCCAUGGAUCCUAGGCGCAGGAAGUGGCCAUGCUCCGAGAGCCCCGAGCUGGGCUCUGACACCAACACCCCGGGCUCCGCGCCCACUGGCAGAGCAGGGGAGCUGGUGGAGGAGGGGAGCAGCAGCGAGGAUGAUGCCGAGGGUCUGCGCCGGCAGCCGCGGGACUCACGCCAGGCUCCAUGGGGCCCUGCUGAGCGCUGUGGGGCCGAGGCAGCCGGUGAUGGGGAGAGCGGGCUCAGUGUGAAUUCAUGCCUCUCGGGCGUGCUGGCGCUACUGGCCAUCGGGCUCCUGGCCAGCUACGGUGCCAUCUACGACCUGGGGAUGGCCUCCAUGGAGAGCAUGGAUCCCGGGGAAAUCCCAGAUGGGGAGCAGCAGCCACUGGCUGCUGGCGUGAAGGACUGGCUGCAGCAGCCCCCGCUGGACACGGCUGGGGACCCCCAGAGCCUGCACUCCAUGAGCCUGCUUCUGGACAAGCUGGCCAAGGAGAACCAGGACAUCCGGCUCAUGCAGGCGGAGCUGCAGGCGCAGAAAGACGAGCUCCAGGCCCUGCUGCAGAAGAGCGAGGGGGAGAAGGCGUCGGUCGGCUCCCAGCAGCAGAGCCUGGCAGGGGAGAACGCACGGCUCACUGAGGCUCACCGCUCUGCCCAGGCUGAACUGCGGGAGCUGCGGGAGCAGCUGCAGGGCCUGGAGCGGGAGGGUGCGGCCGAGACCCCGCAGCCGAGGCAGGGGCUGGCUGCAGAGCGGCCCCGCGAGGAGCAGCUGCUGCACCAGGAGCUGGCCAGGCAGCGUGGGCUGCUGGGCUCUGUGCGGCGGGAGCUGGAGGAGGCCCUGCAGCGAGCCCAGGGCUCAGGUGGGACGCAACAGCUGCUGGUGGAGCUGGCUGGCGUGGAGCAGCGGCUGGCACAGGAGCUGCAGCGGGCAGAGAGCUUGGAACAGACCGACAGCGCGGGGCGCAGCCGGGAAGGCAGAGGGGCCACGGAGCCAUCCCGCCCCCUCUGGCGGGAGCCACCCAAAGCUGACAAGAAGGAGGGUGGGUGGCACAAGAGGCAGGAGACCAGAGAGGAGCGGAGGCGCCGGCACGGGGACCCAGGGGGCAGGGAGAGGAGGGAGCAGGAUGGUGCCAAGCGCCCAAAGCGCCAGGAGCAGCCCGAGCCCCACAGGCGCCAGGGGCUGCGGGACACCAAGCCGGCCAAGGACCAGAACGGGCAGCGUCGGGUGGGCGGUGGGAAGGGGGUGCUCCAGGGGCCCCACGAGCACAACGUCUUCUGGGAGCCACUCCGCCUGCAGCGGUACCGGGCGCCCCAGGGCUGCACCGGCGUGGCUGACUGCGCCCGCCAGGAGGGGCUGGAGCUGUUCGGAGCCGAGCUGGCACCGGUGCAGAAGGGGCAGUUCCUGCAGCUGCUGCAGGGCUACAUGGCCGGGCUGGGCUGGGGGCAGCACUACGCGGGGCUGGCAGCCCAGCUAGAUGGCGCCUUCGCCAGCGACGGUACCUUCACCCACGACCACCUGCACUUCCGCCACUUCAUGGAGGACGUGGAGGAGCUGCUGGAGGGGCUGGCGGAGCAGGAGCAGGGCAACGAGGAGGCAGCCGAUGACUUCGAGGAGUAUGUGCUGCAGCACUACGGCGGGGACGGCUUCGCCAGGAAGGAGAGAGAGGGGCGGUGUGCAAAGCAGCAGAGCAAGGAGCGCCGUGGGCAUGGCCCCCCACGGGACAGGGACGGCCCCCGCAGGAAGGAGAACAGCCCGCCUGACAAAGGCUAGAGCUGGGAAGGCGGCGCCAGCCCAGCCGGGCCCCAGCCAGCCCUGUAGUGUGUAGGGGCAGCAGCCAGAGCCCUGUAGGGACACGAUGUUCGUUCUGCUGCGCCAUGUCCCAGGCUAGUGGGGGCUGGGAGGGAGUGACCCCUGGGGGAAGGUGAUGCCAGAGCAGGGUCGUGCCCCCUCUAAAUCCAUACGGCCAGAGUUUGAUCAGAGCCGUCAGCCCCUGCCCAGCGCACCAGCUCUGCAAACAGCAUACCCCAGUGAGAUGCCAAUGCAGCUGAUGCCCUGUGCCUGCCGUCAGGCAGAGGGGCCCCUUCCCAUGGCUGAGUUGGGGGGGCUGAGCCGUGAGAAAGGGAUGGGGGGCAUUAAGGGGUUUUCUUGGGACAGCAGGGGCCCUGAAUGCUUUGCCCACAGCCUGCACCUUCCCCUGGUACUGUGCCAUGGGGCUCCCCACAGCACCCUGCCAUCUGCUCUGUCCCUUCCAGGUGCCAAGGGGCCUCUGAUUUCCCUGGCAUGAGACCAGGGCUGGGUUUGUGGGGACCGAGUUCCCACAUGCACCCACCUGCUGGUUGGUAACGAUGUCCCCCUGCUGCGGCCUGGGUUCGUGCCCACUCCACUGCCAUCCCUGGCAUCGAGUCAUGCCCGAUCCCCCCCCACGCUCUCUGGAGGGCCACGUGGGGCUCCCUCUCUGCUCCCCACCCAGGCGCCCUCGGCACUAACUGCCCCGCGUGUGAUGUUGCACUUUGCUAGAAACAAAUAAACUUGCUGUUGGGAAGCUC